CAAUUCUGCGUGCAUAGUCGUCUGUGUACUGCCGGUAGAAUUAACUCGUGAUCGAACCUAAAUGAUUUUGAAGUUAAAUAUUGUGCUUUACCUCGUAUCGCUUGUGUUCGGUGACCACUACACACCGGGAUUAGACGAAUAUUUACUUCAGGCUCUAUCUCCUACGGUGAGGUCAUUGAAAGGCCACUUGUUCGAUGAACCAGCGCACAUUUUGAAUGCACCAACUAAGACUAACAGGAACAAGCUACCCACUCUGGACCAAAUGAUGUACUACAACUACUACUCGGUGGCUACUUACUACGGAUACGAUCAUGCUAAUUUGACGUGCAAAUACUGUCUGAAGUUUAGAGAUGAUGUUGCUGAUCACACAGUCCUCAACAGCAACGUCCACAACACACUCGCACUUAUUACCCGAUCCAAAAUACGAAAAGAAAUUGUCGUCGCAUUCCGUGGCACGUGGAACAUUUGGAACACUGUCUUGGACAUUCUCCUGUAUCUUGGCAAAUCUCUCAAAGCUGCGAGGCGGAUCAAGAUUAACAAAGCCAUUUAUGUUGCCACAAUGUCUCUCUAUGAUGAUGUGCUUCGAACUGUAACCGAUCUACGGAACGAAAAUGCCAGUUUUAAAAUUGUCUUAACCGGCCACAGUCUGGGUGGAGCGAUAGCACGUCUGACAUACUUCUUGUUCACCAAUCGUAGACUAUUCCCCGGCGUCGAAUUCGAAUUGUACACCUAUGGUGAGCCGAGGGUCGGUAAUAAAUAUUUCGCUGAAUUUAUGAAUCAACAGCCGAUCACCACCGUGAGAGUUGUUGCCAGGUACAAUACUUACAGAGCAGACCCAAUCCCGCACGUUAUGUUAUCGACUACAAAACUUGUCAGUGGUCAUUACGUUCAUCCGCAAACCGAGUUCUGGAUCAACGGCAGAGCCGGUCAAAGGUUUUGCAGCCGAACAGUUUACGAAGAUCCGAAAUGUUCCAUGUCUGUUCGGCCUGCGUACAGUAUUUUAGAUCAUUUUUUCUACUUUGAUACGAAUCUUGCGACUGCAUUCGGUCAACCGUUUAUUUAUGCCUAUCUUCCGUUCAAUCUUCUCAAUCCGGUUGAGAGAAUACCACCGUUGCCGAAGCGAGUGGAACAUUUUAUUGGUGGACUGACUGGCGGAUUUGCAGGUGCGAUUGUUCCUUCUUUUGGUUAAUGUUUCAAAGGUUCUUUGAAAUAAAACGGUUCCUACAAAC